AACAGAUGACUAACAUGCCAACCUCAAACUUCAAUAUACGAGUACAAACUGUUGAUGCUCAUGACACUUAUACCCAAUUCAGAGCAUUUGCAGGAAUUGUAGAAAGUAUAGAAAUGGUAAAAAAUGAAGCAACAAACAAUACUUGGAAGGGAAAACGUGUAAUAGGCAUAACCGAAAACACGCAGGUGGCCGUUAACGAUGUUAUCACCAAACAUCCAUUAACAAGGAUCGCAAUAUUACCGGAAGAAACAAAAUGCAAUACCCAAAACAUAGUCUCAAUUCUCAUUCCACUCACUAGGGCACUUAUUUGUGAAAAUAUCUACAUGAGAACUGUGGGAAAUGAAAUCGUAGUACUAAUUGCCAGUUCAUUAGAUUCAGUAAUACCUUAUCUGCAAUGGUUACUCAUUAAGAAUAACAAGGUUAUAGUCUACCUUCCACCGUCAGAGAUAGAAUUAGACCAACACAAGGCCACAGAAGAAGACUACAAACAUAAAUUCUUUAGCCAUGCGGUAUUUAAACCCAUGAUAUCGAAAAUCAUUGUCAAGCGGCUCAAUAUAGACAUGCUGUAUGAAAACGUCCUUAAAUUGACAGAAGGAAUAGGUGCAAGUGCUAUUGCCAUCCUACCAGGAGUAACUCAAGCGUUCAAAACGGAAGAAGUUAAACUUAAUAGACAAGUGUUAUUAGCAGGAGGGAUGGGAUGCCGUAUUGUAUGGCACCAACAGCUGGAACAAGUUGACCCUUGCGAAGCAAAAUGCCUCUACAACAAAGCAUGUUCAUUAGGAUUUUUCAACUUUGAUGAAAUGCUUAAAGCACAUUGUAUAGAUGGAAUUGUAUUACAUGCCCUCCUGGAAACUGUCAAAAGAGCAAUACAAAAUAACAUAUAUACAGAAAUAUAAACAUAAA